CUCUCUCUCUCUCUCUCUCUCUCUCUCUCUCUCUCUCUCUCUCUCUCUCUCGCCCCCUAGCAGCUCCUCGCUCGAUAAUCCCCAAAACCCUUUUCUCCCUCUCACUCUCCACAUCUCCCUCUCCUUCUAUCUCUCUCGAUCUCCCUCUCCCUCCAAGUGCACCCCAAAACCCUCCUCUAUCUCUCUCGAUCUCCCUAUCUCUCUCGAUCUGCAUCUCCGUCUCCUCUUGAUCUCCCUAUCUCUCUCAAUCUCUAUCUCUCUCUCAAUCUCUAUCUCUCUCUCGAUCUAUCUCUCCCUCUACAACAAUGACGUAUCGUCUCCAGCAACGGCGCAUCCUCUCUAACAUCAUCAGAACCACUCUAAGUGUGGCCAGCAGCCCCCGCCCUUCACCUUGUCCCCGGCCAUUUCUGGAGAAACAAGAAGUUAUCAUCGAAAAGGCUGUUCGAAAUAAACACAAAUGUGUCACAAUUGUGAAAGGCCUUGAACUCUUUGGUGUUAAACUGAGCGAGGCUUCAAAGAAGCUUGGAAAAAAAUUUGCAAGGGUGGGUAUUUGCACUUGACAUUCUUACCUCCUAUUGCACAUCGUAUCAUAAAGGCCGAGGCCCCUCACUUACAUUAAGGACAUCAAUUUUCACUAUUAGGUGGAUUUCUGUAGAAAUGUUUGCCUUUGUGAUUUUUGAUGCUCAUUUAAUGGUAAUGAGUAAAAUGCUUCCAAGAAACAUUCCACAGGUGUGCAAGACUUAUCUUGGUUAUGGCGUUCAUGAAGUAAUUCAACAAGAUAGGUACUUGUGUUCUCAGUACUUUUAGUUGUGCAGAUUAAACAUUUCUCCAGUUAUUUUGGCUUGGGGUACUUAAUAUAUCUUCGCUAAAACCAUUCUGUGUAGAUUAAAGAGGUGAUGGGCUGUCUUGUUUCACCUUUCCAAGGCACAUUUAUUUAAGAGAAAUUCUUAGAUGGCUUCUUGCUAAUAAAAGUAUUGACUCUCAAUUGAAAUGAUGAGCCAAACCUCAUGUAAUGUGAACAUGUCAAUUUUAGAUUUCUUCUCUCCCUCUCUAUGCUUGAAAGAAUGGGAUUUUGGUUCAAAUGCAUAAGAUGGACAUUGGAAUCAUUGGUGUUCUUUGAUAUUUUUUUCCUUUUCUACUCUGGCUUGUUUUUGUGUAACUCAUGAUCUAGGGUGCUUUUAACUUUCUCAUACACAUUCAUUCAUCUAUCCACGUGCACAUUCUAUUCAAUAUAGAGAAAUUAAUCAACCCUGUCUAUUUGGUUCUUGAUCCAUGGUCCACCUCCUAGUAUCCCCUAAAGCAUGACCGCAGUGAAACAUUUUAGAGCAUGGUGAUGUAACACUUUUAACUUCUGGGUUUUUAGGUCAUUGUACCGUCAACUGCCAGAUUGGGAUGACAAUGAGCCAUUUCACAUGGAUCCAACACCUCUUCAUAUGGGACAGCAUCUGCACUGCACAGGUCAUGCACCAACCUAGCAAAGUUCCCUACUUAUUAGGCCUUGAUUCUCAUGACCUAUUGCAGCUGGCAAUGCAGAAUUUCUAAGUUUGCCAUUUGAGAGUCUUGUGUAUGUUGCCAAAUUGGAUAAAUCACGAGGAACACAUGCAAGACCCAGUCAUUGGAAUCCAUAAGUUAAUCAUGCACCAAGCUAGCAAAGUUCCUUUCUGCUUGCUUAAUAGUCUGCCCAGUUUUGAAACUUUUGAGGUGGGAGAUAAUUUUAUACCAUGUAAGUAUUCAUAUGAGGUUUUCAAUGAUUUUUUGGAACUACAUUCAUUACUUUAUCUUUGUGCUCUUGUAAAUUCAUUACUUUUUAUAGUAGUUUAAGCUUGUCUAUGCAUGUAUAUUUAUUUUGUCCAGCCAGGUGAUAUGCACUGCUAACAUCCACACCUUCAUGUGGACUUUAACACAUCCACACUUUCACAUGGCACAUUGAUGCAUACUGUCCACUUGUACUAUACCACUAUUGGAAAGCCAUGUUACAAAAAUCACUCUGAUUGUAUGAUUUAACCAUUCCUCUCCUUUUCCUAGCUCAUUUGAGUGAUGGCUUCACACACUGUUGAUCAUUGCCAAAGCCGGCCACACGAUGAGGUAGAGAGUUGGUCAUCCAUUUGUCUUUCUUCAUAGCAACAACCGAUCAUUCUCUAUUAUAAGGGAACCUAAAAACGAACAAGAUCA